UCUUGAGAAACGUGUGCAAGAUUGAAUCUCACCACUUACAAGAUAAACCGUAUAUAUACGCGUAUAUAUAUACAUAAUUAUAUAUAUAUAUACACACACACACACACACUAGUACUGCAAAUUAAGGUGGUCCGUGAGAGUUAUAAGAUGAAGCAGCCAAUUAUUAGCUCAUCUUGGUCUUGCUGCUUCCGAAACAUUUCCUCAGAACCAGCUGAUGAGAUGGUCCAUAAUGAACCAGAGAAGAAGAACAUUUCACAUGAAGCCAAAAUAAAAACCGGUGGAUGGAGGGCCAUUUCUUUCAUCUUAGGAAAUGAAACUUUCGAGAGAUUGGCGUCAUUCGGGUUGUUGGCAAACUUUAUGGUGUACUUGACGACAGAGCUUCACAUGGAUCAGGUAUCAGCCUCAAACAUCAUGAACAUAUGGAGUGGCGUCAACAAUUUCGCUCCGUUGGUCGGAGCCUUCAUCUCCGAUGCCUACGCCGGCCGCUUCUGGACUAUUGGCUUUGCUUCCUUCGCUUCUCUUUCGGGAAUGGCAACAGUGACUUUAACAGCCUGGUUACCACAGCUUCAUCCUUCGGCAUGCACAAAACAAGAGCUAGACUUGGGACAUUGCAGAGGUCCGAGCCAAACUCAGCUCGGUUCCUUACUCCUCGGGCUCGGGUUCUUAUCGAUCGGCACCGGCGGAAUCAGGCCGUGCAGUAUCCCCUUCGGCGUGGACCAGUUUGAUCCGACAACCGACCAAGGAAGAAAAGGAAUCAACAGCUUCUUCAACUGGUACUACACCACAUUCACUAUUGUCUUGUUGAUCACCCAAACUGUGGUGGUUUACAUACAAGACAACUUAAGUUGGGUAGUAGGUUUUGGAAUUCCCACGAUUCUCAUGGCCUGCUCAAUUGCUUUCUUCUUCAUUGGGACGAGUCUUUACAAUCAUGCAAAGCCCGAGGGAAGCAUGUUCUCGAGCAUUUUGCAAGUUUUUGUAGCGGCUUACAAGAAGCGUCGGAUUAUUCUUGAUCCGACGGAUGAUAUAAUUGGAGCUGAUGAUCAUCAUGAUCAUAAGGUGGUCUUCUAUGAGCCUCCUGUGAAGGGAAGUGUUUUGUCAAAACUAUCUCGCACCAAUCAGUACAGAUUUCUCGACAAAGCUGCGGUUAUAACGGAAAACGAUCUCCAACCAAACAGCACUCCAACAAACAAGUGGAGACUCUGCAGCAUUCAACAGGUCGAAGAAGUGAAAUGUCUGGUCAGAAUCACCCCAAUCUGGGUCUGUGGCAUGAUAAGCCUCACCUCCAUGGUUCAGCAAUGGACGUUCACGAUCUCUCAAGCCCUCAAGAUGGACCGCCACCUGGGCCCCACCUUCCUCGUCCCCGCAGGCUCAAUCAGCGUCAUCUCCCUACUCACCAUCGCCCUCUUCCUCCCCUUCUACGACCGCUUCCUCGUCCCCGCCCUCCGCAGAAUCACCGGCCACGACACCGGCAUCACGCUCCUCCAGAGGAUGGGAAUCGGGAUCGUAUUCUCUACUCUCUCGAUGGUUGUUGCUGGAUUGAUCGAAAAGGAAAGGAGAACUUCCGCGAACAAUCCCCAUUAUUCGGAAAUGUCGGUUUUUUGGCUAAGUCCUCAGCUGAUUUUGAUGGGGCUCUGCGAGGCCUUCAACAUCAUCGGACAAAUCGAGUUCUUCAACCGACAGUUUCCCGAGAACAUGAGGAGUGUCGGGAACGCGCUUUUCUCGUGCUCUUUCGCCGGCGCGAGCUACAUCAGUACGCUCAUGGUGACUCUUGUUCAUAGCUUCACGGGGACAAAGCACCGACCUGAUUGGUUGACAAACGACAUCAAUCGUGGGAGAUUGGAUUACUUUUAUUUUCUCAUUGCGUUAGUGGGAGUCCUUAACCUUGUGAGCUUCCUCUACUGUGCUAAGAGGUAUCGUUACAAGGGCAGUGCUAGUGGUGUGGAAAUGGACGACCAGAAGGCCUAUGUAGAUGUGGAGAUGAGCCCGGUUAAGGCUUGAAGUUACAAAUACAUACAUAUAUAUAUAUAUAUAUAUAUUGUAGAUCGUCAAUUUAGAAUUAACUAGAAAGAAAAUGAGAUCAAUGGUGUCUAAUUAGCUCAUGAUAAAUAACGAAUGGAGUUUUAUUGUUUAUACUUUAUAUAUAAUGAUAAGAGUUGUUUAAAG